UGUUCGGUAAGAGGUCUUCCAAUACAGCGAUUCAUUAACAGCCCAUAGACUCAAGCCUGGCAACAGGAGGGCUCGGUGUGAUAGGAACUUGAUCCUGGAGGUGUUACCCUGACUAAUUACCCCGGUAUCUGUGCCAGGAAAUUGAACAACUGGAACUGUAAUGUUGUAGGUGACAUGGGACUGUAAACCUUGGGGAUUUAUGACAUGCAGAAGAUGAACGGUACCGUCACGGGCAAAGACGCCGAGUGCAAAUUCCACAUCCGCCACCUGGACGAUGUUGUGGACAAAAAUGGCACCAGCAUCCACAGAGCGGACCUGGAAAGGGCGCUGCGAUACAAGCAUCUCGAUAUCCCGGAGUUCAAGGUCGCCGAGACGCUUCUGAGGGGCGGAAUUGACCUUGAAAAUUUGCCAUGCCAAAAACCCAAAGUAGUGCGAAUGUUCGUCUGUUCGUCAGGACAAGAUUUUGAGGCGGAGCGUAGUUAUCUGUUUGAGAGCGUGUAUCCCCAGGUCCGCGAGUACUGCCGCACCAACCAUGGAGUGGACUUUCAGUUGGUGGACAUGUACUGGGGCGACUCCUCGAUGCCGGCAUGUGACCCACACAAGAUGGCCGCCGUGCACGAAGAACUAUCACACUGUCAGCAGACAUCCAUGGGACCUAACUUCCUGCUGUUUAUCGGUCAAAAAUACGGAGAGCCUCACGUGCCGGUGGAGAUUCCAACUACCGACAUGGACAGUAUCCGCUCCGCGUUGGAAAAGAACGGAACUGACGUCACUUUGCUGGACAAGUGGUUUCGGAAAGAGAUGAAUGGAACUCCAGAAGUAUAUCGACUCGUUGAUAUAAAUGGAGAUUUCUCGCAGGAGUUCAGCGAACUUGUUCGAUUGCUACAAACGGGAUCGUCACUGACGAAAAACGUCCCUGAAAUAAAAUGUCCAAUGUCAGACUUCGAGCUGCUGGUGCAAACAGGAAUACUUGACCAGGACCGGAAGAGCAGGGACGUCAACUGUCUCGUGUAUGUCCGCGACAUCCGAAAUAUCGACGAGCACCUGGGAGCCAAGAACGCCGCAAUGUUUGUGGACCUGGACACUGCGACGGGCACGUGGGACGCGGGCCGGAAGGGCGCCAUGACGGCUCUUCGGUCGGUUGUAGAAAAAGGCGUUACUAGCGAAAACAUGGUUAAGGCGGAAAUCGAAUUAAACGGUUGCACGCUUGAUGAGGAGAAAUCAGAACAAUACGUGGCCGAAAUUGGCAGACAUUUCUACGAACGAGUGACACAACUUGUCAACCAGAGAAUGCUCGAGCGAACACCAAUGUACAAAGAUGAACUGCUGUACGAUAUAUGUUUGCACUGGGGUCAAGUAGGAAGAUACACUGGACCCCUAGUGGCCCGCAAAGAGGUCCUAGAUAGUAUCAAGGGCUACCUUCUCAAUGAAACCGACCAGCCACUUGUGUUUGUGGGUGCCCAAGGUUCAGGCAAAACUAGUUUGAUCGCAAAGGCUGCAAAUGACAUAAACGAGGCAAUUGCUAAUUCUGACAUUUCGAUGCCAACAUCCCUCAUCGUCAGGUUUGUCGGGGAGACCGGCCUGUCGCGGGACAUUCAGCCUUUUCUGUACAACGUGUGUCACCAACUGGCGUACGUCACCGGCCGUCGCCGCCAGGAUGUGCCGUCCGAGUAUCGCGCGCUCAAGAACCACUUCAUAGAUCUCGUGCAGCGAGGGGAGUACGGGGGUAUGCUGGUUAUUCUCAUUGACGCUCUUGAUGCAAUGUCCAGUACAGACAGCGGCCAUAAACUGGACUGGUUACCGUCUAGAUUGGCAUCGAAUGUGAAAAUUGUGAUCACUGUUGACUCUGAAAACGAGGAUAUGGUUUCGAGACUUGAGAGCAAGGUGGAACAAGGCUUGAUCGAAAUACCCAACUUCACCGACGUAGUCUGUGAGGAUCUUGUAAAACAAUUGAUAAUAAACUGUAGCAAAACCAAGAAAACGGUGUGGUACGAUGAAUGGCGACGGAUUCAAGCAAUAUUUAAGUCAGUAUCGUCGCCGUUAUACGCCAAAUUGGUCUAUGAGCAAAUGGUUUGUACGUGGCGGCCGUUUGACGAAGUUAGCAAAGAACCUGUGCCAAAAUGUAUCGAGGAUCAUAUCACGAAAUUGUUCGAAAAGCUUGAGAAACGACAUGGGCGCAUAUUUGUUCAGCGCGUUCUGGGAUAUUUGACUGCAGUGAGUAACGGUCUUAGCGAGUCUGAGUUGGAAGACAUUUUGUCAUUAGACGAAGAUGUUCUCAAUGACGCAUACGAGAAAGUGGGCGAGUACUGGAGUAUUCGGCGAAUACCACAAUUCUUCUGGCCACAGCUACGAUACGAUCUGGAACCAUAUAUUGCCGUACGACAGAUUGACGGUAUCGCCACAAUUACGUGGAGGUACAAAAAGUUCGCCGAUGUCGCCGCUCGGAAAUAUUUACCUGAUAAUAGUGAAACUGUGAGGCAAAUGUACUCCACAAUGGCUGAUUAUUUCCUUGGCGAAUGGUCCGGCACCCGCAAGAAACCGUACCAACAUCCACCCAUGCUGAUGGCAAAGUACAAAAUAGUAGACUGUGACGACGAAGGCUGUCGUCAUGUUCCUUCACAGCCGUUGUGGUUUGGACAGUUUCUUAAGUUCAAUACCAGGAAGCUUAAUAACUUACCACAUACUUUGCUGAAGUCUAGACGUUACGAAGAUUUGAAGGCGUCAGUAUUCUGCAACUAUGAGUGGAUUGCAAGCAAGCUGCGAACAUCUACCGUACAGCGACUGAUAGCUGAUUUUGAAAUGCUGGACGAUAGAGAAGCGAAUUUGGUAGCCGAUGCGAUUCGAAUGUCCAAAUCCGCACUUGCAAUACGACCAGACGCACUUGGCACCGAGAUAACGGGUCGUUUAUUACCUCAUAUACACAAGUAUCCAUACAUCAAAGAUCUUAUUCGCCAGUGUGACCUCGACGUUCAGCGGUGCUGCCCGCUCGUGCCAAACUCGCAGAUCUACAGCGCCCCUGGUGGCCCUUUACAGUAUGAAUGUGACGUUGGUGGUUUUGAUGACAGCAACCCAAUUGACAUCGACGUCUUUUCAAGCCCCGAUGGAAUACUUCUUGCUGCCAAGCCGACCUACAGCAGUCGGUUGCGCGUCUGGGAGCUCUCUAACGGAGAGGAGCGUCCAGAUAUAAUGUUGCCCUUAGGUGCCGUCCGCCCAUCCCGGGGAGGCAAAUAUAUUAACAUCUUUGUUGACGACUGCAAGUUGAAGACUUACCGAUCCGAUUCUGGUGUUUUCCAUGGCGAAAUGAGUUAUGGUCCUGGAAAAAUAGCACAUGUUGACGUAGCGAGCAAGUAUCUUGGACUUGUUCUCCAAAAGGGGGCCGGGCCUUACGUGUUUGAUCUAGAGCGGAGUGAAAUACUGCACAAAUUCAGCUACCACACGCAUGCAGUUGCAAUAAGUGACAAUGAAGCUUAUGUUCUGUUCAAUGCUGAAAGAAACAUUCUGCUGUACGAGCUUCCGACUAUGGAGAGACGGUGUGUUGCCACGGCAACGGACGUCGCUCAUGACAUCAUCUUCAUCAAUGACAUACCUAAGUGCUACGUAAUGACAAAGACCAAAUUAUUAGAAUCAAUACAAUUUGAUGUUGUCAACAGAAAAUCGAAGACGAAAACUAUCCUUACAGACAUGGAAGCUAAGGAGUGCAUCCCAUCAAACUCGAAGAACUUACUGAUCGUCCGAUGCAGUAAAACGCUGCACGUGGUCGACACGGUAUUGGAUCGUGUGCGAGCCCGGUUUCAGAAACUUCCGCCGGGCGUUUUUGUAGAUAACAGCUCGCAGUUUAGUGGCGCUGGUUUCACUCCUGACGACAAGAUGGUGGUUGCGGCACGCUACACGUAUCUCAUUAUUUGGGACGCAGCAACCUGCUCUCCGAUCCGUGUUCUACAGUCAGCGGUAUCGCCAAUGGUCAAGAUAUUUACGCCAGACAGCAUAAACAAGGUGGUAACUCUGCUAAAAAACAACUCAUUUCAAGUCUGGGACCUGGCAAACCUUGACCGAGACACGGAUCACUCCGCCGAGGUCCACCAAGGUGCCGUCGUCUCAAUGGCGGUCUCGUCCAGCACGGACUACAUCCUGUCCCAUGACAAUGCCACGCCGGACGCUAAGCUGGUGUGCCUGCGGACGGGGAAGGUGGUGGACACCCUGCAGCACAGCGACAACGUCACGGACCGCGUACUGGAGGUACUGCUGUCGCCGGACGGCCAAUACGCCGUCACAAGGGCGCGCCUCGUGGACACCAACGGCGGUAUCGCCUCCACGUUCGACCUGGUCACUGAUGAUGUCAUGUGGGAGGUAGAAACAGCAUCAAAAGUGUUCCAUGCCAUGUCCAACAGGUACAUUGUGUUCAGUCCUAGCUCGCAUACGGCUGCGUUUGUCACCUGCGCCUUCUAUAACCGAUGUGAUUGGAGCGAGAACAUAUAUAACGUGUUCAUUGUGUGCCCAGAGACAUCUUCAAACUACACAAUUGACUUUCCCUACCACACCGAGUUUGUUUCACCGCCACGGAUUGUCACCGCUGGGAAAGAUUCCUUCUUCGUCGCGGUCGUGCAGACCAGCGAGCGCACUGUUGACAAGACAACAAAACGCGAGUUGUCGCGCUGGAAUGAAGUCCGCUUAGUCGUACAGAGGAUGGAUUCAUCGCACAACCCAGAAGACCUUUUCUUGUACAGAGUUCAGAACUGGUCUAAGGAGGUUGGGAAUAAAGAUGUGUUUUUGGAUUUCAUUCCCGUGAACGAAGAGAAGAUUUUGGUUGUGUAUGCAAAAGAUCUAGCUUCUUAUGAGUUUGUCACAGAUAAGGGAAUUGUUCCGCCAAAAAAUGUCAAAAAGGGAGCUUUUAUGUUCGAUGUAAAGUACAAAACUCCUCUCAAGCAUUUCCCAGACUUUCUUUCUUGUAGUUCAAGCUUACGUGGUUUACAAAUAUCUAGUCAGUUUACCUAUAUCAUGGACAGCGACUUACAAGUGUUCAAAUACAGUACAAACUCAUUCCACCGACAGAUCACAUCGUGCUCAUUUGCGUCCGGUACUGUCCGCCCUGCGCUUGAUGGACGGUACCUUAUAGGUAUAUCAGGGGACCGACGGACCAUCGUCGUCGUGCGAACCUCGGACGAUAAGCCACUGGGCUCCAUGUACGUGCACGGGCGCGCAACGUGCCUCGAGAUGGCCGAGGAUGACCGUACCGUCGUUGUCGGGUGCGAGGACGGAAGAAUCAUGAUCAUGAGCCUCAUUUUGGAGUUCGCCGAUCCGCUAAGAGAAUACAUUGAGAAACUUCCCAGCAGAGUCGACGACGAGUUUGAGGAGAAUCUUAUACUAACUGAUGUCAGGCGCCUGUCCAUGUCGACGCCCGACCAGCACAGACUGUCAGCUCGGCUCCGGGAGAAGGCGCGUGACGAGGAGCGCCGACCGCCGUCCUACACGACGCUGCAACGCGCCGUUACCAUCUCCCGCCAAAACAACCGCUACAGGAACACACCUUCCUGUGCACAGCAGUGAUAUCGUGGAGCACCGUAGCAUACAGUCGACAAAAAUGGUGGACACUUUUUAGAAAAUUGUUUGAAAAUACUUUAAGAUAUAGCAAUUAAGUGAUACAAUAUGAAUGAUAUUGAGAAUAGGCCGGCUUCAUUUGCCUAACUCAGGCAAAUAUUCAUCUGCAAUCGGGGCAAUCAACUAUUUCUCCACUUUGUUGUGCUUUUUUGGCACCUAAAUGAUUUUCUUCAUGACUUUGAUUCAAGUGUUGUAAUUGUUACACGUUAUCUUAUACAUACAAUUCAUUGUUACUCUGUCAACCUGAAUCAUUUGCUAUUUUUGUUUAUGAUACAUAGUUUAUUUUUAUAGUUGAAUAGAGCAUUUAUUUAAGUGUUUAAUCUUAUGAUGAUAAGGUCUUGCAUUGCUGCCAAGCAACUUCUGUGAUAUAUGUAAGGUUAGAUUCUAAAUAAAAUUCAAUAGCAAAACAAUAGAUUACUUUCUACUUGUGCUUGUGUAUACAUAUUAAUGCUCUGUUAUGAAGACAGCUUAAAGCUGAUCUAUAUCAUUCAUUCCAUUUCCGGAGAAUAAACCAAUACCAUUUUGAGCAGCUAAGGUAGAGUUCUCUCUGGUGGGGCUCGAACGUGUGACCUCUUGAAUGAGAAGGUGGGCAACUGACCAUCUCAACCUCAAA